AUGGUUGUUAUGGGACCAAAAUGGGACGGCGGAGGGAGGGUGGGGGCCAUAGGUAAGGAUUACUACCAGACGCUGGGCCUGGCCCGGGGCGCCUCGGACCAAGAGAUCAAGCGAGCCUACCGCCGGCAAGCGCUACGCUACCACCUGGACAAGAACAAGGAACCCGGCGCCGAGGAGAAGUUCAAGGAGAUCGCCGAGGCCUACGACGUGCUCAGCGGCCCGCGCAACAGGGACAUCUUCGACCGCUACGGGGAGGAGGGACUGAAGGGUGGCGGCCCUGGUAGUGGUAGCAGUGCUGGUCCUAACGGUGCGUCCUUCAGCUACAUUCAUGCCAUGUGUGCUGAGUUCUUUGGUGGCCGAAACCCUUUUGACACCUUUUUUGGUCCACGAAACGGAGAAGAAGGCAUGGACAUUGACGACCCAUUUUCUGGCUUCCCGUUGGGCAUGGGUGGCUUUACCAAUAUGAACUUUAGCCGACCCCGUCCAGCCCGGGAACACAGCCGCCGAAAACAGGAUCCCCCGGUUACCCACGACCUCCGGGUCUCACUUGAGGAGAUCUAUAGUGGUUGUACCAAGAAGAUGAAGAUCUCCCACAAGCGGCUUAACCCCGAUGGGAAGAGCAUCCGCAAUGAGGACAAGAUCCUGACCAUUGAAGUGAAAAGAGGGUGGAAAGAGGGGACCAAGAUUACCUUCCCAAAAGAGGGAGACCAAACCUCACCCAACAUUCCAGCUGACAUUGUCUUUGUUUUAAAGGACAAGCCACACAAUAUAUUUAAGAGAGAUGGGUCUGAUGUGAUUUACCCAGCAAGGAUCACCCUCCGUGAGGCCCUGUGUGGCUGUACAGUGAAUGUCCCAACGCUGGAUGGCAGGACCAUACCCAUAGUGUUCAAGGAUGUCAUCAGGCCCGGAAUGAGGCGGAAGGUUCCUGGAGAAGGCCUUCCCCUCCCCAAAACACCAGAGAAAUGUGGGGACCUCAUUAUUGAGUUCGAAGUGAAUUUCCCUGACAGAAUUCCCCAGGCUUCAAGAACCGUCCUGGAGCAGAUCCUGCCUAUAUAGCAAUCUCUGCUCCCCAAGGACUGAACCAAGGACAUUUCCAAAGCUCAAGGUUUUCUGGACCAUCUCCAACAGUUGUGGGCCCCCAGGGUGGAAGGGACCACAGAGGGUUUUCAUAUACUGAAUGUUUCCAGAGAAUAUAUUACAAUCUUUGAAAGUCUUGCAUUAGGCUUCAGUGGUUUUUCAAACAAUAGGUUCACAGAUAAUGGGGUAGUCUGUAAGCAAUCCAAGGAAUUUGACCCUCUUUAAAUGGUGCCAGUAUAACUAGCCUCCUCCCCCUUUUCCCAGGAACAAUCCAAGUUUUCUGUCAUCUCCAGCUCAACUACCCCUACAUACAUUUCUCCCUCCUUUAGAUGGAAAGCAUUAGACCCACAAUUGGACUCUGCUGUUUUUUAGCAGUUUUGGCUAUUAGUGUUAGUUAAUGUCUGCCUGGAGUACAGUCCUGGUUGCAAGACCAUUUCUGCUCCUCAUUGCUGUUUGUGGUGUUACUGAUAUGUAUUUUAUUCCAACUUUGUCUUUACGUGUCUCGUUUUUGCUUCCAAAAAUAAUUACAUCCUUUCUUGCU